GAAUCCACAGAUCAUAUUUUCUCAAUAAGAAAAUGAAUGUUCACCCUGUGAUGCUUUUAUUUUGAUGAGCGCACCGGAUGUUGACCUACUUAGAUCCGGGUAACUUGAUGUGGCGUCGCUGGCCGCCCUGGACAGAGAAAACCACGGCUGUUGCUCGUCUUGUUUGGUGCGGGAGACGCCUGUUUGUUCUCAGCGUUUACCGUAUAUCGGGACUCAACAGUCAACUCCAGUGUACAUACUAACAUAUAUCCUCACAGGACAAUGAAUGGUAAGUCAGCUAACGGCUCGCUGGGAGGGAUGGCCUGCAUCGAGGGUCUGCCCCCGCUGCCGAAGAGCCUGAGCGGCUUGCUGAACUCAAGCGGUGGCUCCUGGAGAGAAAUGGAGAGGAUGUACGUGAAGAAGACCAUGAUCCAGGACGACCUGAGCCGAGGGAGGAACAACACCGACAGCCUGCUGGCCCACAAGCCGGCAAACCUCGACGCUGCUCUGGCUCUCCUGCGGAAAGAGAUGGUGGGUUUGCGUCAGCAGGACAUGUCGCUGCUGUGCCAGCUGUGGUCGCUCCACGAGUCCAUCCAGGAUUACAAGGGCAGCUGCCAGGACCUGAGCGCCGCCUCCAGCAUGUUGGAGAACGGCUACUUCGAUGAGGACGACGAGUAUUACCCGGAUGCUGGCGCCACUCCCACCGGGGAACAGCCGGAUAGAGACGUCGGAGACGGGAUGGCAACAAUGGCAGCGUCCAAGAAUGGGAGCAGCAGCAUCAGCAAAGACGACAGCUGGGACUCCUUUCACGUUACCAUCUGAGGCCUCGUUUUCAGCGUUUUUCUGCAGACGGAUACAUAUUUCGGGGGGGGUGAAAGACUUGAGUUAAGCUGGAGAAGUGUCUCUGGAAACCUUUUAUGGUCUCCAAGAAGGAACUGGUCAGUUAGAGGUAGCAGUUUAUGGUAAUCCAUUACAACACUAGACUCCAGCUUUCAGUUCAGCUCCUCCUCAGGUGAAACACACCCCUGCUUGGGCUGCAGAAGUGUUUUUUUUUUUUUUUUUUUUUUUGCAGCGUGACCAGGAGCUUCAUCAGACUGCGGAGCUGAGUGGCUUGCUGUUUUGACAAGCCGCCUGUUGACACCUUCUCAAACUCAGGAGUUGAGAUGGAUCGUAAUCCAGGACUCCAUAUAGUAAACAUUAGGCAAUAUAUAUUAUUUCUUUUUAUAAAAAGCUCUGCUGCUGCUUCUAUAUCAAGUGUUUUCGGUAGCACCCUUUUUGGCAGAACUUUUUUUACAUAUACAAAAUAUAUGAACAAAGUUGUAUUAUUUAUUAUAUAAUAUAAAUAUCAAGAUAUUUGCUUUCAUGUUAUUCUCAACGGAAGUUUUGUACUGUAACUCUACCCAGGUAUAAGGGUACAUUAUUUACUGCUUGGGCAACCCAGAAAUUGGGACUCUAGAAAUAAACACAGCGAAUUCUUGAUUCUGCAAACAGUGUUGGUAAAAAAGAGACAGUCGUCUGCGUGGACAUGUUGAUUGAGACGGUGUGUGUUUGUGCUUGUAAAUUGGUGAAAUCAUUAAAUUGCAGUCAGACCUGAAGAAUGGUGAAAGAGGUGAAGUCCUCAAACCUGCUCACAUUGUUAAAAAGCUCAAAAACAAAGUGAGUUUUGUUACAGGAGUGAGGGUGACACUUUUCUGCCUUUCUAGAUGCUAGACUGUUCAAAAUGCUGGAGACAGUUUUAAAAUAUGAAUAUAAUCAACAACAACAUAGCCAGGUAUAAAGUGCUUGCUAGCCAGCAUCAAUUGAAAGUUAUCAUGAUGGCCAGCGAGUUUGAAAAGUUCAGCUUUUUGUUUGAACAAGUUUGUUCCGCACUCACUGUGGCCUUCAAAUGUUGCAGUGUAAACACAAAGCUGUAUGUCAACACGGAGGUAGCAACCGUCAGUUGAAUACAGGGUACUUUAUAAUACUGUGUAUCCCACUAAAACUGAUCUCAUCCUAACAACACAUGCUUUGCAGCAUCUAGCAGGUACAUGGACUCACACUUAACAGGGUCAACACCAAGCUGAUCAUUAUUAUUGGACACGUCAGUGAGAAAUGUAAUUGGUGUUAUUAGGGUUUCAACAUACCCGCAAACCUUUUGACAGGCUGUUUAACUGUCCUAAAACAGAGGUACAUGUUGAGUUUUCUAGACAGUACUGGUUACAAACAAGAUUGUAACAGCAAGUGGUUUCAAUUCAAGACAUCUCAAUGGAUCUCGACGUGUUUAUGAUUGAAACACUCCACAAAGGCAGCCUUAUUUCAGACUCCAAGUAUGACUCUUUGGAUGUUCAAAUAUUUCUGCUACACAUAUGAAUGGUCUUCCAUAAUCACUUAAACUACUAAGCCAAGAGUUAAGCCGAACCUGUAGCAUGCAACGCCACAGCUCAACACACAGCUGUUCUAUCUGUCAGUCAAACGACAAAAUGACCGUCAGCUCCCACCUUCACUUUGAGAAGGUGUGUUAAGUUUCAGUGUUGAUAUUGUGUCUGUAUAGAUCACGUGACGCCACCUGUUUUGUAGGCUGGUCCACUAUUUGUGUGCUAGUGGAACACAAACCAAAGAAAGUACAGCACUCAAAAUGAAAUGUAUUUAGUUUUAGGUGCUAAAUAAUGCAUUUUCCCAAUAAUGAGCUGCUCUUAUAUGGUUCAAUUUCUCUUAAAAUGUACAGAACAUAAUGACAUAUAAUGUCUUAAAGAAUGUCUUAAUAGUUAUCAUAAACAUGACGUCCUGUGCUAUAGCAGUGAAAGUUAAUUUUUCAUUGUGGUGAUGGUUUUUGCCACUAAAUAUUCUUAAUUCAUGUGUUUGUCGCUGACUGACAAGUGAAAGUCUCAGUUUCUUUAUGUUUGGUAAAACACGUCUGCAUUAACAAAGAGAAUGUCAGUCAAAAGUAAAGUAUCAACAACUUUGAAAAAAUAAAUCAUAGUGACCUAUUAUCACACAGACAUUGCUGCAGUGUAACAUCACAACACCGCUCGCUCAAAAACUACACUACCUGCUCACUUUUAAAUCUUGUGCUGUUAAUACCUAUAAUGCAAGUUUCUAUGAAGAACUAAAAACCUUAACAGAGUCUUCAGUAGAAUAUGAUGGUACUGGCUCCAUCAUCUAAUGAAUUGAGUUGAAUGUUUGCUCACUUGUAUUUGUUACCAAUCUUACCAGUCCAUAAAACAGGUCCCAGAUUUAUGGAACAAAACAUUUUGUUUGUACGGUAAACCUGAAUCUGGAUGUCGCUAAUAUUUCCAGUCAAAUUACCCGUUGAGGGUCAGUAAAAACACCUCUUCUAUCGUUGCGACCUAAUCUGAAGCUAGAAAACAAUACGCAGCAUAAAACAUUUCUGCAUUAACUUGACCCCAGACGUUUCAUUGGAUGUCUACACAAUUAGUGCCUUUCUAAGCCUCCAGGUUUCAGACUUGAGGUUUGCUGUUUAAUAUGUGACGGAGAAUAAAACAUAAACUGUUUUAUCAUUUGACUCGCUUGACAUGCACUUGGUUUCUAAAGCUGCUACCUGUAGAAAUGUAAACUCAAUGACUUUUGCAACCUCCUUAAUCCCUUACUGGUAGUGAAUUACAUCAAAAUACAAAUCCAGAAAAGCUCAGAAAGAGCUGAUUAAAAGCUAUUUAGAGAUUUGGAGGUUCACUCCUCCAGGCUCUGCUGUUUUUUGUUUUCCUUUUUUUUUUCCUCCUGUCAAAGGCCCCUUUUCAUUUUAUUGACGAGGAUGCAGCUGUUGGGAGCGGUGCAUUUUCUGAUGCUUAUUCCCUCUGAAAUUUGAGUUGCUGACACAGUUUUUUUCCUGUCUUGUUUGAUGCUUUCCAGACAUUGUACACAUCAAACAUGGAAGGCCAUAGAAUAACCACGGUUUCCUACAACAUUUAUUUUGUCAAAUUCAAAUUUAACCUUCCACAUGAAGCAGCUUUAACAUCUGAAACUUGUAACAGCCUUAAAAUCAGUCAAGUCACUUGCAAAAUAAACUACAUGGUGCGCUCCUCACUUGUUCACACAAGUAUUUAACAAAUGAUUUUUCACAUUUUUGUGGUUGUUGUGUGUUAAAUAUCUCUAAAAACUACCUGAUCCCUCUUUGAGUUUUUCUUAAUCACGCAGGCACACGGUGCUCCUUGUUCAGUUGCUCAACUGACUCUUAAUCCAGCACAAGAGAGUAAGAAACGCGCUUUAAAUUGAACACCAGCAAGUUGCGCCCCAAUAUCGUACGGUUUGCGCUUAAAAAGUGUGUUUCCUACUUUAACAACCUCCCCUCUUUUAACAUGAUUGUUGGAUGUGUAAUACGGUCAUGUCAUCUCAGGGUAAACUUGUGGCAAAAUGUUUUGUUGUCGUUUGUUCAUUGCCCCUGAUGAGAAAUAAUCAACAUGUCUUACCUAAAAUCCUAAAACAUACUGAACACGAUUGUAAAUGUGCAAAAUGUGAUGUGUCACCGUCAUACUUACAGCAACUACAGUGGAUAAAUGUAACUGUCAAGUGUCGUACGUGUCUCUUAAUCAAACCGCAAGGGCUUCUUCCUAAAGCCGCUACUUUGCACCAGCUUAAACAAUCGCACGAAGAAAUCAAUUGUUAGAAGAGACAGACUUUUUUUUAAUUCUUAAAGUGGCGUCAGUAGACCAGAAUGCAAUGCAACCACAAAGACUGCACGUGCUUUGACUAAAAUGAGGGGUAUUACUGGAAUCGCAGUAACUCCUCAUUGAUCACCUCACACACCUGCUUUAGUGGUUGUUACUAAGCACUCUGGGAACUGUAGGAAGGAUGGAAUGAGAUGAGCUGUAAAAUGGCCGUGUUUCAGUCGUCUAAAAACUUUGUGCUUUUGCGUGGCUCCCUGAAAAAAGCCCCCAAAUCAAUUAAAGUAAAUGUUGAGUUUUUCCACUAAAAGUCAAACUUCUACUCCUUUAUCUGACCUGUGUUGAGACCUGGGUUUUAUCAUUUGAAUUGUAGCGUGUGAAUCAGCCAAGUAAAACACAAGACAGCCUUCGAAGUAUUUAAUAUAACAUCCUUUUUACAGCCGAUUAUUAGCGUUGACAAACUGAUUUUUCAGAUUGUUAUCCAUCUUUUCUAAAAGCUGGCUGCAGCUGUUCACUUUGUUUGAAUCUGAGCGAAAUGUCUGACUUAAUAUUUAUACUGUAUAUCAUUCAUCAUAAUCAUUCAUUAAAUCACUAUAGAGGAAAGAAGUGUGUUAAUGUAUUUUGUGUUGCAUAAGCAGAAGUUACUCAGAAAACGUGUUGUGACCAUACUACUGUUACUUUGGACAAUUAGUCUCAAUGUUAUCAUAAUUAUAAUACUGAUAUGAAAUAAUAAAGUG